CAUGGCAGAGGUGCGUCAAGCGUAGGGCAUGGGAGCAUGGGAGUUGGGACCCUGCCUGUCAGCCAGUGACCACCACCUAGGUGAAGAACGGCUAGUAUGCUCCUUCGUUCCGUGCGUGGCUGCCGCUCUAGCAGGGGCCUAACGGCGGACCCGGGCGUACAAGCAUGCAAACGACAGUCAGCCACACACCAGUGCGCUGCUACUGUUACGCUGCCUAUUUUCUGGUCUGCAUGCACGUCGGUCGCUUUUCUUAAUCUCUACCACGGGAAAAUAGAUGGCCCUCCUUCACCCACGCGAGCAAGCGACCAGAGAGACGCCGAUAGUCCUCUUCCACGGCUUGCGUGCUUUCUGUACCCACACAUCCAAUGUUCUCGAUCGGCGUCACAAAUUGGGGACGGUAAACGGCAUUGCGCCGUCUACAUGUCGAGUCAGCAAGGAACUUCAUCUCACGCGUCCGGUGCCGCAAUAAUGCCCCCACCUUGCUUUUGAACAUCGAGAAAGUGAUGCUAUGUUCUUUGUAAUGCCAGAUCCUUCCCGAACUGAGACAUGCUUCGCGGACCUCGCAAGAAUUGUGUCAUCGUGACCAUGUGUGUUGAUCAUCCAUCAUGCGCAUUCGAUGUCGAGAUUGAUC